CUCUCCCCCUUCCCUCUCUCUUUCUCUCUCUCUCUCUCUCUCUCUCUCUCUUACACUUGCUCCUCAUCUCUCCGUCCACUUUUAUUCAUUUCUGUGUAUGGGCAAGGAGGGCUAACAUGGACUCUUUGGGUCUUUUAAUCCUUCUAAUGCUUCUGUGUUUCCAGUGGACAGCUGCUCUUGCUGCUGAGGAAAUUACCUGGAGCUACACUGGCUUGGUGGGUCAGUCUGAGUGGUCGCAGUAUUUCCCUGACUGCGGUGGUACUUCUCAGUCCCCCGUUGAUGUGGUGACCACCCUGACUAAAUAUGACUCCAGUUUGAGCCCACUGUCCCCGCUGGGCUACAGUCAACAUGGCAACAAGCCCUUCACUCUGUACAAUAACGGACACACAGCGGUGAUUGAGCUGCCAGAAUGGAUGGGACUGGCGGGUCUGCCCUGGCUCUUUACAGCUGUGCAAAUGCACCUUCACUGGGGCAGCGGCGGCCAAGGUCACGGGGGCAGUGAACACACCAUCAACGGACUGAGUGCAGAUGCAGAGCUGCAUGUGGUGCACUACAACUCUGAGCUCUACCCCAGCAUGUCCACAGCAAUGACACAGAGGGACGGCUUGGCUGUUUUAGGAAUUCUCAUUGUGACAGGCGAGGAGACCAACCCGGCAUUUAACAACAUCCUCAACUACCUGAGCCGCAUCAGACAUGCUGAUCAGAAGGUGUCCAUCCCAGCCUUUGACAUCCAGGCCCUUCUCCCUAACGACCUGGGACGCUACUAUCGCUACAACGGCUCCCUAACAACGCCGCCCUGCUACCAGAGUGUGAUCUGGACACUGUUCCAUGAGAGAGUUCAGAUCUCAAAGGCACAGCUGCUGAAGAUGGAGACGAUACUUUACUCCAGUAAAGCUGAAGAUCUGGACAGGAUGCUGCUGCAGGACAACUACCGCACAACACAGCUGCUCAACCACAGGGUCAUCUUCACCUCCUUCACUGCAGAAUCAGGGAAGGAGCUCUCUUCUGGUGAAGUCACAGCUAUAGUAAUAGGAGUGAUGUGUGGCUGUGUAGGUCUGGCAGUAAUAAUUCGCUUCAUCGUGAAGACAAUACGCUCUACCUCUAGCUGGGACGUCCUACCCAGUAACCGGCCUGCUCCCAUGCCAAGGAUGAAGGAGCCAGAGAAAGCAAACGAGAAGAAACAAGACAUGGCUCUGAACACGACUUCUGAAGGAGAAAAGAAAGAAGAGCCGUCACUGUCUCCUCAGACUGAGCCCUAGCUGAUGGCAGCUUGUUCAGAUGCUCGGAAAUACGCUCUCUUCUUCCCUCCUGCCAAUGAUUUAUAUCACUGAUCCGUGUCUCCCCACGGGCAAAACAUGUUUUCAGUCAUCAGUUACAAAAGGCAACAGGAGAAACCAUUGGAUAUAGUAAAACUGGACAAAUCACCUGCUGCCCCGAUCACUUAACUGUUACUGUUGUUUUUUUUCUCCAUCCAAAUUCAGUGAUAGCAGUCUUGGUACCAGACAUUUUUGCAGUUUGGAUGUGAUGCACUUAAAAAUGUCACUUUGCUGCCUCUGAGUCGUAUGUUUGCUCCGGCAACGCUUGGGAUGCACGAGUGCUCAUGUAAAUACUUUAUAGGAUAUAUUUUACAUCAUUUGGCUGUUCUUUCAACUUUUUCAUCCUGCCUUCAAACACAAGCACAAUGCACUGUAAGAAAUGUAAAAAACUUAUGAAAUGUUUACUCGCAAACUUCCUACCCAAUGUAAUAUUAUUAUUUUCUUUUGCCCCAGGACUUGAGUAUUGGACACAAAUUUGGUAUUAAACCACACAGCAGGUCCUUUUAAAUGAAUUAAAAUCUAUUAUAUAAGUCUUAAGGGAUUUAAAGUGUUUAGUAUAAAUGGAUGCUGUCCAAACAGUAACAGCUCUGAACUCAAUGUAGUUAUAUUUAUGUACAUGUUAAUUCUAUUGGAAAGAAAUUAUUUGUGGUGUCCUAUUUUGCCUAGUUCGAUUUAAUGCUGUAUAUAAUGCGUCAUCAUGGGCGCCUCAUAAAAUAAAAUCGUUGAAUGGUAACCUCA